AUGAGCAAAGGCGAGAGGCAAACGUCGGCACCUGCGGUGGUAAAGCUGGGGGCCGCCCGGGACGGGGCGUGGGCUGCGCUUCCCAGCCCGAGGCUUACGGCCCGGCGGCGGCUCCCAGGUCUCGGGGCCAGGAUACCAGCGACCCUGCGCGCCGCAGUAUCCGGGCAGCAGGGGCUCCCCGAGGCUCUCUGGGGGUCCCCCGCGGCUCUCUGGGGGCCCCCAGGCCUGGAGCGCGAUCCGCACGGGCUGCAGGGCCCUGGAGCAGGCCCCGGCCCGGGGGAGCGGGAGGUGGGCUCGGCUCGGCUUCCGGGUGACCUCCGGGGUCGGGGGAGCUGCCCUGAGCUUCCCAAGGCCUCGACUGCCGCGUGGCCGGCGCCCCCCAGCAGGCCCAAGGCGCCAGCGGGCGUGAGCGCCGCGCAGCAGGAGGAGGCUCUGCAGAGGCUGCUGGAGCUGCACAGCGCGGCCAGGCGGCGGCGCCGGCGGGACCGUGAGCAACAGCGGCUCCGGGUGCGUCCCCGCGCGGGGAUCUGGGCCUGCCUGGGGCGGGGCACCAAGGGCGGUCGGACGCUGACGGCCGCCUCUGCAAGUCCUGGAAUGCCUCCACAUUGCCAGGAACCGCCACUGCCGGGUGCAUCCCCUGGGGCUCCCGCCCAGCGCGGCUCAACUCCCUUCACAGGCAAGACCCCCAGAAAGCGGCCACAAGGAGCCUGAGCGGGGCUGGGGUCGAGCUUGGCGCGCUCGGGUCCCUUUGAAGUGCGCGCACCGCACUCUGGCAGUGACUCGGGCGGGCCGGGAGGGGCGGGUAUGCCAGUUGCUGCCCUCCGGUCCCACUGAGCCUCGGACGCUCAGCACUCUGCACCGCCAGGAGGAUGCGGCCGGGCGGCGGCGCGCCCUGCGAGAGCAGGUGGAGCGGAUGCAUCGGGAGAGGACCGGGAGGCUGCGGGCCCUCGGGGCCAGGAACACCCAGAACUUCCAGGAGUUACUGUGGCCCCCUGUCGCCGAGGAUCCCGUGCCUACAGAGUAGUGCUUGCCUUUCCCAGACCCCUCUGGUCAUUGCUGUGUCCUCAAAAGGAUGAUUAAAGAGAUGAGGGUUUGAAGCGGC